UGUUUUAUAUAUUUUAACACUCAGCACUGUCUGUGUCUGUUCACAUCGAGAUGCGUUCACGGACCGGUUCAAGCCAGAAUUAUUACAGCUAGCUUAAUUGGCUUAGGAUGGCAACUAGAGAGGCGGCUAGCAGGCGAGGCUCACCAUCAUAUGGGGCUCUGCUUAAGUUGCUGCUUGGGACUAAUUAGACGAUGUUUAUCCUAAUUGAUAUAUAUGUUAUAUUUAUGUAUGUGUGUGCUUUACCGCCCCCCCGGACUGUAUUGAUUAUCACCGCGUUAACGUGACAGAGACUGGCAGCUAGUAGUGAGACAUCUUUUUUUUUUAAUCUCCCAAGUUGCACGUCAGAGGAAGUUUUGUUGUGUGUAAUUGAGAAACGUCAGAGAGAAAGACGCUGUGUGACUGCCAUCCUGAGCCAUAGUCCCCAUCCAUAGGAAUCCAGACAUCGCGUAGAAAUCAUCUCUCGUAGCUGCUUGAAACUGGUACACCACACAUUCACACAUUCACAGUAAAGGAAUUUGUACUUAUCGCUUAUAAAUCCACUAAAUUUCAAACAAAAUCAGAAAGGAUUAUUGACACCCGUAGGCACAGACAGCGGACUGUUGUAGACUUUCUUUCACAUGCCUGGUGGCAGCCAACCGCGUCGCUUCAAUGGAGAACUGCAGCAGCAAAAGAACAAAUUGUAGAGGACGCCGUUACCUCAGUAUCACCUGGGAGAUAGCCUAGCCUAGCUCAGGUCAGCACAGCCCCCGCCAGGUAGUCCUUGACCCCCUCCCCCCAGCACCACCCUUCUCUCUCCCCCCUUUGCAUCCCACACAACCCUUCUACUUUUUCCAAGCGAGUUGCCAUGGCAUCGGUGCGCUUCACGGUGACGCCCACCAAGGCGGAGGACCUCCCGGGGCUGUCCGACACGUCGCCCGACAUCAGCUCCCGGUCCGGCGCCCGCGUGCGCUUCGGUUCCCGGGAGAGCGUCAACCGGAGCGACCCGCUCAGCGAGGGGUCCGGAGGCUUGACGGCGGGAGGAGGGGCUGACUCACCGGAACACAGCAGUAUGGAUCAAGGUGAUGGAAACUCUAAAAUCUCCAGCGUGUACAUCAAUAACACUCAUGGGAUGGAUGACGACGACUUCUACGACAGAAACUUGGCCUUAUUUGAGGAGGAGAUGGACACUCGACCGAAGGUUUCUUCUCUGCUCAAUCGCCUGGCCAACUACACCAACCUGACACAGGGAGCCAAGGAACACGAGGAGGCCGAGAGCAUCGGCGAGAAGAAGAAAGCCAGCAAGUCGCCACAGAUGGGGACGUUUAUGGGAGUUUACCUGCCUUGCCUGCAGAACAUCUUCGGCGUCAUCCUGUUCCUGCGGUUGACCUGGGUGGUGGGCAGUGCCGGGGUGCUCCAGGGUCUCUGCAUUGUCUUCAUAUGCUGCUGCUGUACGAUGUUGACUGCAAUAUCGAUGAGUGCAAUCGCGACCAAUGGAGUUGUACCAGCGGGAGGCGCCUACUUCAUGAUCAGCCGCUCUCUGGGACCAGAGUUUGGGGGGGCGGUGGGCCUGUGUUUCUACCUGGGCACCACCUUCGCUGGAGCCAUGUACAUCCUGGGAGCCAUCGAGAUCCUUCUGAUGUACAUAGCACCUAAGGCAGCCAUUUUUGAGUCGAAGCAUCCCGAAGGCGAAGGGGCGGCCAUGUUGAACAACAUGCGGGUCUACGGCUCCAUCUGUCUCCUCCUGAUGUCCCUGCUGGUCUUUGUGGGCGUGAAGUAUGUAAACAAACUGGCCUCCAUCUUCUUGGCCUGCGUCAUCGUCUCCAUCGUUUCCAUCUACGUCGGCGCGCUCGUCUCCGCCUUCAGACCGCCGCGUUUCCCUGUGUGCAUGCUGGGAAACAGAACCAUCAGCGGCCAUGAAAUCGAUGACAACCACUGUGGGAAAACAAUCAUGGUGCAAAACCAAGAGCUAGCGGAGAGAGCCGACGACAACUUCACAAUUAUUAACGAAAACAGCACCAUGGCCCCGACCUUUGACCCCAGCUCUGUUCAGGUGGAGAAGACCACAUAUCUUUGGAAGCGCUUUUGCCAGGGCACUGAACUCAACGCCUCCUGUGAUGAAUACUUCAAUUCCAACAAUUUUUCCAAGAUUGAAGCGAUCCCCGGUCUGGCCAGUGGGAUCAUUUCAGAGAACCUGUGGAGCGCCUACCUCAGCAAAGGGGAUGUGGUGGAGAAAGGCUCCCUGCACUCCUCUCUUGUCUCACAUCCAGCAUCCACUCAUCAGCCUUAUGUGUUUGCUGACAUCACCACCUCCUUCACACUGUUGGUGGGCAUCUUCUUCCCCUCCGUCACAGGAAUCAUGGCGGGUUCGAACCGGUCGGGGGAUCUGAAAGACGCGCAACGAUCCAUCCCCAUUGGAACCAUUCUCGCCAUCCUCACCACCUCCAUUGUCUACCUGAGCAGCGUUGUUCUGUUUGGAGCCUGCAUCGACGGGGUGGUCCUCAGAGACAAGUUUGGAGACUCUGUUAAAGGGAAUCUGGUGGUGGGUACUCUGGCUUGGCCCACUCCCUGGGUCAUUGUGAUUGGCUCUUUCUUCUCAACGUGUGGCGCAGGCCUCCAGUCGCUGACCGGCGCGCCCCGACUCCUGCAGGCCAUCGCCAAGGACAACAUCAUCCCCUUCCUCCGGGUGUUCGGCCACGGGAAGGCUAAUGGGGAGCCCACCUGGGCCAUGCUGCUGACGGCCCUGAUAGCCGAGCUGGGGAUUCUCAUUGCCUCUCUGGACCUGGUGGCUCCCAUCCUCACAAUGUUCUUCCUGAUGUGUUAUCUGUUCGUGAACCUUGCCUGUGCCCUCCAGACCCUCCUGAGGUCACCCAACUGGAGGCCACGCUUCUCCUAUUACCACUGGACCUUGUCAUUUUUGGGGAUGACUAUCUGCCUGGCGCUCAUGUUCAUAUCUUCUUGGUACUACGCAAUCGUUGCCAUGGUGAUCGCCAGCAUGAUCUACAAGUACAUUGAGUACCACGGAGCGGAGAAAGAAUGGGGGGAUGGGAUCCGUGGUCUCUCGCUCAGUGCUGCCCGUUAUGCCCUCCUGAGGUUGGAGGAGGGACCACCGCACACCAAAAACUGGAGGCCCCAGGUGUUGGUCUUACUAAAAUUGGACGAGGACGCCCACGUCAAAUCUCCUCGCCUGCUGACGUUUGCCAGCCAGCUGAAGGCGGGAAAGGGACUGACCAUUGUUGGAACGGUCGUCUCUGGUAACUUCCUGCAAAGCUACGGCGAGGCCCUCGCUGCUGAGCAGACUCUGAAGCACCUGAUGGAUAAGGAGCGUGUGAAGGGCUUCUAUCAGUGCAUCGUGGCCCAGAAGCCGCGUGAAGGUAUCAGCCACAUGAUCCAGUCCAGCGGCCUGGGAGGAAUGAAACCCAACACUGUGGUGAUGGGCUGGCCUCACGCUUGGAGGCAAAGCGAGGACCCCCAGGCCUGGAAGACCUUCAUCAACACAGUGCGGGUGACCACAGCAGCCCACCUGGCCCUGCUGGUGCCCAAAAACAUCUCUCUGUUCCCCAGCAACAGCGAGCCCUGCACAGAGGGCUACAUUGACGUCUGGUGGAUCGUCCACGACGGGGGGAUGCUAAUGCUGCUGCCCUUCCUGCUGCGCCAACACAAAGUGUGGCGUAAGUGUGGGAUGCGAAUCUUCACAGUGGCCCAGAUGGAGGAUAAUUCCAUCCAGAUGAAGAAGGAUCUGGCAACCUUCCUCUAUCACCUACGCAUCGAAGCUGAAGUGGAAGUAGUUGAGAUGCAUGACAGCGAUAUCAGCGCGUACACCUACGAAAGGACGCUGAUGAUGGAGCAGAGGUCUCAGAUGCUCAGGCAGAUGCGACUGUCUAAAUCAGACCGGGAAAGAGAGGGAAACCCUGGUAGCAGCAGCAGUAGGCCAGAGGCAGGUGGAGCUACAAGGUCUCAGGCCCAGCUGGUGAAAGACCGUAACUCCAUGCUGCGGCUGACGAGCAUCGGAUCGGACGACGACGACGACACAGACGGCGGAGAGCGAGACAGGCCGGCGAGCAGCAGCGGUGGCGGCGGUGGUGGUGGUGGUGGCGGCGGCGGCGGCGGCGGCAGCUCCGAGCAUCACCGACGAGUUCAGAUGACCUGGACUAAAGAGAAGACCUCGCAGUACAGAGCCACACACUCCGGCUGCUCCACACCGGAAGGCUUCAGAGACAUGCUCAGCAUCAGGCCGGACCAUUCCAACGUCAGGCGGAUGCACACCGCCGUCAAGCUGAACGAGGUCAUCGUCAACAAAUCCCACGAUGCCCGGCUCGUCCUGCUCAACAUGCCGGGACCCCCCAAGAACACGGACGGAGACGAGAACUACAUGGAGUUCCUCGAGGUUCUAACAGAAGGACUGGAGCGCGUCCUGUUGGUCCGAGGUGGAGGAAGUGAAGUCAUCACCAUCUACUCCUGAUUGGACGAACGGAGGAAGCCAGCGCUUUUUAAAGAGGCGACCGAUCGACGCAGAAGUGAAGCGAAGGGAGAGGGGGAGGCGGUGGGGGAGCCUGUGAGCUUUGGGAGGGGACGUGGGCCCCCCCUGAAAAAGAGAGACUGUCAUUGCCCCCCCCUCCCACUCCACCACCACCACUACCACCUUCAGCCCCCAUUUUCUUUUCAUCUUUACACGUUUCUGUCAUGACAAGGGUUUCCAUUUCCACUCACGUCAAAGAUACAGAAAUGCCAACACAGUUCCACGAAAGAGCAAAAAAAAAAAAAAAAAUCGAGUGAUCAACUGUGUGUGUGUGUGUGUGUGUGUGUGUGUGUGUGUGUGAGAAAGUCAUCCACCCGAAGGAAGGUUUGGUUUUGGAGACGGGGACCAGCGUUGUGUUAGGCGUGUCUUUGGGGCGGUGGACCAGCGAAUGAGUAGAGAGAGAGAGAGAGAGAGAGAGAGGCCGUGAAGUCGUUCCACUGACGAGACUCAGGGUUGAUUUUUGUACAGAAUGUAUUUUGGAAGCAGAUGUGAGUGUUUUUUGAGAGUAGGUUGAAUGUCUGAAUUUUAUUUUUAUUUUUAGUCUUUUUAUUUUUCUUUCUCCUUGAAGACGGUUAAGUUUAUUCCAAUAACUACAGAAAACCUGGAAAAGUAACUCAGUGGUUCAUUUAAGGUAAAAAAAAACAAAACCUGUGUACUUUCUAUUCUGCUCCUUACUUGAAAGUGUAACAUUUUUUUUUUAAGGAGAUGAAAGGAAAAAACUAAAAAUAAUAAUCAUGCUUAUUGUUUAACUGCAUAUCAAUAGUGGUUUUUAUUUCUUACCUCAAGACUAGUUUUUAUCCACAGUGAAGUUCAAAGUGGAGUGACACUGAAUCAUUUUCUAAUACUUGUUUGUCUGAACUUGCUGCUAUGUGUCUCAGAACUGUACGGAGGCUUAUUUUUUUUACCAGGAAAAGUUAAAAAAAAAAGAUAAAUGCAAAGUUGGUCGUGCUUAACAUUUUUAAUUACUACUACUGCUCUUAUAUCUAAAUUGUAUUUACAGAGUCAAAAUUGUGAAAUAAAAAGUCAAAACUAUCACAUAGUAAGUCAGAUUUUGGCUUUCUAAGGCAAAUUUAUGAGAGUACAUGAAAAAAUUUACACAAUAUUUCACAAUAAAGAAAUAGAAGUACAAUAUUUUUUUAAUAAUUCAAAAUUAAGUCAAAAUUAGGACUUAAGUAAUUCCGAUUUAUGAGAUUUUUAGAUGAAAAAUCUAAAUUCUUAAGCUAAAAUAUGAGAUAUUAAUAAUAAAUGACACUUUAUCUCAUAAUUUUAACUUAGUCAUUUAUUCUUUUUGUGUCUCCUAGUAGAACUGAGCUUCCAUACAACUGCUCUCUCCAUAAUCUGAUUAAAAACAAACAAACAAAUGACAUAAAAGAUCUACAGUUACCAAGUGACACACAUCUUUAUCUGCAAAACGGUGAAAACACCAAGCGGUGCGCUCUGCUAACAGCCUGUUUACCUAAAUCAAGAGGAUCUGUGAUUUUUUUUUGUUUUUUUAUUAUGAAUUAGCGAUGUCGACCGAGAUCCCAGGAAAACCAAAAUGAAACCGAUGAUAGGGAAACUAUCCGAGGUCUUCUCUGUGUUGUGCCAUAAAACUGGCCCCACGUUGGACUGCGUGUAGGUACGUUAGAGUAGAUGACGGCAGCGUGGUGGAAAGAAGAAGAAGUGAGGUGAGACUUUGUGAUUGGAAGAAUUUGAAUCAUCAGUAUUGUUGACACACUGGACCAUCAUGGAGGAGGACCACUGCACUGCAUGCUGUCAAAAUGUCACUUGGAAACGUGUGUGUGUGUGUGUGAACGAGAGCUUGUUGCUAAAGUAAGGAGCUGUAAACUAGAAGUGUUUGAUUCCACUCUAAUGCUUUUUGUUCUUUUUCUUUUAUUAUUAUUAUUUUUUUUUUUUUUUUUACAGUGUUAUCGUGCAGGGAUUCUUUUAUGUUCAUUGUUAUUUCCUAAAAACAUUGUUUUUCUUGCUUGUACAUAAAGACAACAAAAGAUCCCAAGUUUUAUCUUUUUUUAAUUACAUUAAUAUAAAAACAAAACUUUGCUUGAAAAACAACACAGGAAUAAAUAAAGCAAUUUUGAAGGAAAAGUCCAAA